AGAGAAGAACAAGAGAACGGGAAUUCUAGAGUGACAACGAGUGCUUCGGCAGCAAGAUGACAGCACGCUUCUCCCUUCUGUUUUUCGUCCAGGCGUUGGCGAUGGGCGUCUCUGCGGCGGUCUCCAUCCCCGCCCACAGCAGCCACAUCGUCACCACGUUCAGGUGGAUGCUUGGGAAAUACUACUACCCAACACCAUCGGCCUCCCUCGGCGUAAAGCUCGAUGUCUCUUCCAGCCUUUGCCUGGCUCACUCGGCUCUCACUCUCGCCUCAGACCAGCAUUGGAGUCUCUCUAUGUGGGAUGCGAGCGGCAAGAUGACAGACGGCGUGGCAGCAGGCGCUACUGAAGCUCGCGGUCAUGCUGGCUUAUGCAAAGGGGUUAGCGCUGAUUUUCCUGGGACUGUGGCCUCCCAUCUGCAUGCACACCGGGACAAUAUGACUCGUCAUGACCUUGCCCUGAACUACUUAAACUCUGAUGCACUCCUGCUCGAAAACACUGUUCUAAAAGGGCGCUACUGUCUUGUAUCCGUCAGAGAUCAAAACCUGAGUGGUAAAAGUGCAGGAGGAUCAUCCCAGAUGUUUGCCUCUCUGGCUGGGAAAUACGGGAACACUUAUGCCACGUGCAUACCCGACACCUGCACUGCAGCCUUACUUCAGACUUCUUUGCGAGACCAGUGGGAUAAGGAUAUUAUCGUGAGCGUCGCGUGCGAAGGAGAGGAAGAGGAUUAUUUCAGCCUUCCAGAUUUUGGGUUCUUGUCAUUCACACUGGUGCUCGUGAUCCUGGUGGUGUGGGCCACGGCUUUCGACCUUCAGAAGCCUUGUGACAAAACAACUGGCUGUUUCUGUUCUUCUGGUCGUAAGAUACUUCAAUGCUUCUCCUUGGUGCAGAACGGACCCCGCAUUCUCUCGGUGCCAGUCACACCAAACCAACACCAAACCCUUGAUGGAUUAAGAGUUGUUAGCAUGGUGUGGGUCAUCCUUGCACACCGCUACAUGCUGUUCCUCGUCUCUGCCUCCAAUCCCAACGACAUUCUGCAACACAUGACAAACUGGCGGUACUGGUGGGUGUUCAAUGCCUACCCUUCAGUGGACACGUUCUUCUUCAUCUCUGCCUUUCUGGUCUCUGUAUACCUGAAGGAGCGACUUCACAACUUCACUUUCACAGGAUUUUACAUCCAGCGAUACUUGAGGCUUGUGCCUACAAUGCUGUAUACAGUGUGGGGGUGUGGAACAGUGCUGCGCCAUCUGGGUUCAGGCCUCGUCUGGGAUCGUACAUACCAAGAUAUGUUUGGACAACCAUGUACCUCUAGCGCCUGGUACAAUUUGCUUUUCAUCAACAACUUCAAUGACUCUGGUGACAUGUGUCUAGGACACCUCUGGUCGUUGGCAGUAGAGUGGCAGUUCUUCCUCGUGACGCCUCUGAUUCUCAUUCCUCUGUACCGCUGGCCAACUUGGCGCUUCCGUUGGCUCCCGUUGGUGGCAACUCUCAUCCUCUCAAUUGUGGCAUCCGCUGCUAUCACAAUUUCCAAAGACCUGCCUCCUACAGCAUCAUUCUGGGAACACCAGUCUACGCAAAUGUAUUACAACCACAUCUACAUGGCGCCAUGGUGUCGCGCUGGGCCAUACUGUGUGGGCUUGGCAGCCGGUUGGCUAUACCACUGGAUGACAGAAAACAACAUUACGCUCAAGCCGACAUGGAUACGAACUGGCAAAAUCAUGAGUUUUGUCGUGGUUGCUGGCGUGCUUACCGGUCCAAGUUUCCUGACAGGACAAGGGCGGUACUGGGCAGCCCUUUACUCUUCCCUCUCAAGACCAGCCUGGGGCUGCGUCAUAGCCUUCCUCGUGCUUAACACCGCCAGAGGCAAGCCAGGUGUGCUUGCGCAUUUUUUCUCCCACCCGAUGUUGGCCCCCUUAUGCAAGGUGUCUUAUUGCAUGUACCUGGUUUCCCUUCCACUGCAGACGAUGACAACUGGGAUGGCACAUAAAAACCACUACGAUCAACUAACAGCUGUGUACUUGGUGGUCGGCGACCUCGUGUUCAGCUACGGCGCAAGUCUUGUUCUUGCCCUGCUGGUGGAAUCCCCUUGCACGCGCCUCCUGUCGCUUCUGACGUCAGGAAAGCUCUUGCAGCGCAGCCAGCCACCGAAGCCUCAGGCCAGGACGAGUGUGAAGGAGGUGGCCAAGAGGCCGAGCAAUACCCAGGAGCUCGUAAGGGCAACACUUGCUCCGACCUUCAGCUGUGUCAGAUACAGAAAUCUGUAACUUCUCAAAACACAUUCAUACAAUUUGUAAAUAUCUGAACUUUCAUAUACUGACCAAUGAUAUUAGCGUAUACGCAGUUGAUGUAUACUCUUCUUGUACAGUAGUUUUUUAUUUAUUUGUACAAAUUAAUGUUGAAAUGUUUAUAAACUGUGAUGUGAUGCUUAGUCGUAGAUAAGUAUGUUUAAAUAGCGUCAAAUAUAUUUCUUUAAGAAGUAUUAUCAUGUAUAAAGUGUCAUGUGCAUUAAUUCUCAUACUUAUAAAACUCAUACUACUCAUCAACUUAUCUAAUUAUGGAUAGUAAAAAUACUUGCAUUGCAGUGCACACACACACACACACACACACACACACACACACACACACACACACACACACACACACACACACACACACACACACACACUCACACGCAUAUAUGUGUGUAUGUAUUUAGAAACUAUCGAUGCAUUGUAUUUAUUCUCAUAAAAUUCCAGAUAUAUUGUGAUAAAAUACUUAGAGUUUACAGUUAUGUGUAUAUAAAUUUUCUGUACUUUAUUUAUUAAA